AUGGCAUCCACCCGCAAGGGCAAAAUCUCCAUCGCCAUCGAUCGCGGCGGCACGUUUACCGAUUGCUUCGGUAGUCGCGACGGCGAGCACAUUGUCAUCAAGCUGCUGUCCGAGGACCCGGCCAACUAUGCCGACGCUCCGCUUGAGGGUAUCCGGCGCAUCAUGGCGCAUUUUUUGAAGCGCGACAUUCCACGCGGCGAGGCACUCGACACGGCACAAAUCGACUCGAUCCGCAUGGGCACGACGGUGGCGACCAACGCGCUGCUCGAACGCAAGGGCGAGCCCAUUGCACUGGUGGUGACCCGCGGCUUCCGCGACUGCCUGGCGAUCGGCAACCAGUCACGGCCGCGCAUCUUCGACCUGGCCAUCCGCAAGCCCGACGUGCUGUACGAGCAAGUGGUCGAGAUCGACGAGCGCGUGACACUCGAGGACUACGCGGAGGACCCGGAGCGGCGGCAGACUGAGGCCCACGUGAAGGCCCGUACGUCGGAAGCCUCACUGCCCGAGACGGAGCUUGUGUUGGGCGUGUCUGGCGAGACGGUGCGCAUUCUGCAGCGGCCGGACGAGGCCGCCAUUCGGACGCAGCUGCAGGCCGUCUACGAUAGCGGCAUCCGUAGCAUCGCCGUUUGCCUGAUGCAUGCAUACACGUUCCCAGACCACGAGGCGCUGAUUGGCCGUGUGGCGGCCGAGAUUGGCUUUGGACACAUUUCUCUGAGCUCGGAGUUGAUGCCGAUGAUCAAGCUCGUGUCGCGGGCCACCUCCGUGUGUGCUGAUGCGUACCUGACGCCGGCGAUCAAGAAAUACAUUGCCGGCUUCCAGCAGGGUUUUGCCGGCGGCCUGGGCAGCAAGAGCGUCAAGGACAAGUCGGACGCAGACAAGGCCAGUGGUGCCGGCCGUGGAGCGCGCUGCGAGUUCAUGCAGAGCGACGGCGGGCUGGUCGACGUGGACAAAUUCACGGGGCUCAAGGCGAUCCUGUCUGGGCCGGCGGGCGGCGUGGUCGGCUACGCCAUCACGUCGUACGACCCCAAGACACGCAUCAACGUGCUGGGCUUCGAUAUGGGCGGCACAUCGACCGACGUCUCUCGCUACGGCGAGGGCCGCUAUGACCACACCUUUGAGACAACGACAGCGGGCGUGACGAUCCAGUCGCCGCAGCUGGACAUCAACACAGUGGCGGCCGGCGGUGGGUCGAUGCUCUUCUUCCGCAACGGCCUGUUUGUGGUCGGCCCCGAGUCGGCCGGCGCCCACCCUGGCCCUGCAUGCUAUCGCAAGGGUGGUCCUGCCACCGUGACCGACGCCAAUCUCUAUCUGGGCCGCCUGCUGCCCGAGUUCUUUCCCAAGAUCUUUGGCAAGAACGAGGACGAGGGCCUGGACGUGGCCGCCAGCGAGGCGGCCCUCCAGAAGCUUACGGACCAGAUCAACCGCGAGGCCACGACGGGCAAGACGAUGAGCGUCGACGAGGUGGCGUUUGGGUUCCUGACAGUGGCCAACGAGAGCAUGACGCGGCCGAUCCGCUCAAUCACCGAGGCCAAGGGCCACGACCCAUCCAAGCACCGCCUGGCAACAUUUGGCGGAGCGGGCGGACAGCAUGCGGUGGCGAUUGCGCAGUCGCUGGGCAUCCGCCAGAUCCUGGUGCACCGCUACUCGUCGGUGUUGUCGGCCUACGGCAUGGCGCUGGCGGAUGUUGUGGACGAACAGCAGCAGCCCGAAUCCAAGGUGUGGCAGGAGGGCGAGAGCAAGGGCGUCGUGGGCGAGCUGCGCAACAAAAUGGACAAGCUGCGCGAGCGGUCGCGCGCCGCCCUCCGCGAACAGGGCUUCUCGGACGACGAGAUGGUGUUUGAAGAGUACCUCAACAUGCGGUACCGCGGCACGGAGUCGGCGCUGAUGAUUGUGCAACCGACAGCGGAUGAGGCCAAGGAGCACUUUGGCGGUGAUCAGUGGGCGUACGGGCAGGCGUUUGUGCGGCACCACCGCUACGAGUUUGGAUUCACGCUCGACGACCGCGACAUCAUCGUGGACGACGUGCGUGUGCGCGGCAUUGCGCGCAGCUUCCGGUACGACGAGAAGACGGUGGACGAGCAGCUGGCAUCUGUGACGAUCAGCGACGUCAAGGCCAGUGACAGCGCAAAGCGGCACGACCGUGCCCGGGUGUACUUUGACGGCGGGCGCGUGGACACGCCCAUUUUUAAGCUCGAGGACCUCGCGGUGGGCGACCGCGUGACAGGACCGGCGGUGCUGGCCGACGGCACGCAGACGAUUGUGGUGGCGCCCGGCACGGCAGCGACAAAGCUGGCGACCCAUGUCAUCAUCGACAUUGAGCGCGACGGGCGCGGCCACAAGGAAACGGAGGCCACGAGCGCCGGCGAUGGCGCAAAAGACCAGGCGGUGGACCCCAUCCUUCUCAGCGUGUUCGGCCACCGGUUCAUGGCGAUUGCGGAACAGAUGGGGCGCGCGCUGCAAAAGACGAGUGUCAGCACCAACGUCAAGGAGCGGCUGGACUUUUCGUGCGCCAUCUUCGACGCCGACGGUGCGCUCGUGGCCAAUGCGCCACAUCUGCCUGUCCACCUGGGCAGUCUGUCGACGUGUGUGCGGCGACAGGCCGAGAUCUGGCGCGGACGGCUCGAAAAGGGCGACGUCAUCAUCAGCAACCACCCGUCGUACGGCGGCACGCACCUGCCAGACGUGACGCUCAUUAUGCCGGCGUUUGACCGCAAGGGCGAGAACAUUCUGUUUUACGCGGCAUCGCGCGCGCACCACGCGGAUAUUGGCGGCAUCACGGCCGGCAGCAUGCCGCCGCACUCGCGCGAGCUGUACCAGGAGGGGGCGGCGGUCAAGAGCGCCAAGAUUGUGGCGGGCGGGCGGUUCGACGAGGACUUGGUGGUGGACCUGUUCUACAAGCAGCCCGCCCAGUAUCCAGGCUGCAGCGGCACGCGGUGUCUUGCGGACAACAUCAACGACUUGAAGGCGCAGGUGUCGGCGAACCAAAAGGGCAUAUCGCUGAUCGAGACGCUGUUUGAGGAGUACGGCGAGGACACGGUGGACCUGUACAUGCGGGCGAUCCAGGACAACGCGGCGCUGUGCGUGCGCACGCUGCUCAAGCAGGUCAGCAAGCGGUUCGAGGGCCGCGACCUGGCGGCGGUGGACUACAUGGACGACGGCAGCCCGAUCCGGCUGCGCGUGGCGAUUGACGCCGACAAGGGCGAGGCUGUGUUUGAUUUCGCAGGGACGGGCCCCGAGGUCUACGGCAACAUCAACGCGCCCGAGGCCGUGACGUACAGCGCCAUUAUCUACUGCUUGCGGUGCCUGAUUUCCGAGGACAUCCCGCUCAACCAGGGCUGCCUGCGCCCGGUCACCGUCAAGAUUCCGGCCAAGUCGCUGCUGUCGCCGUCGGACCGGGCGGCCGUUGUGGGCGGCAAUGUGCUGACGAGCCAGCGCGUGACGGACGUCAUCUUCAAGGCGUUUGAGGCGUGCGCUGCCAGCCAGGGGGACUGCAACAACCUGACGUUUGGAUUCGGCGGCAAUGUGGCGGGCAGCGACACCGUCAAGGGCUUCGGGUACUACGAGACGAUUGCAGGCGGCAGCGGCGCCGGUCCGGACUGGGACGGCACGAGCGGCGUGCACACGCACAUGACCAACACGCGCAUCACGGACUCGGAGGUGUUUGAGCGGCGGUACCCCGUGCUGCUUCGGGAGUUCUCGCUGCGCACGGGCUCGGGCGGCAACGGCCAGCACCGCGGCGGCGACGGUGUGGUGCGCGACAUUGAGUUCCGCAUACCGCUGCAGGUGUCGAUCCUGAGCGAGCGGCGCGUCUACCAGCCGUACGGGCUGGCGGGCGGCGAGCCGGGGCAGUGUGGCCUCAAUUUGUGGGUGCGGCGGGUCGAGAAGGCGAGCUGGGAGGUGGCCCUGAAGCGGCUGGAGGCAGGCGAGGCCGCCGACAAGGACGCGGACGGCGACGCGGACGUCGAGAUGGAGGAGCGGCAGAUCAACCUGGGCGCCAAGAACAGCGCGCCCAUGAACAAGGGCGACCGCAUUAUUGUGUGCACGCCGGGCGGCGGCGGCUGGGGCCCGGCAGGCAAGGCCAAGGCGGUGUCGUCGACGGCAGAUCCGCAGCGAGCCUGGCGCAAGGGCACGCACGGUGCUCGCGAGGACACAGCGCUGCAGGUGUAG